AAUUUAGCCACGUCCGAAACAAAAGGUCCUGUCUAGUGUAUAAAAUAUGAAUGCCAAAGCAUGCUUUCUUUGUCAAUUUUUUGAAAAUUUAAAUACACUGGUAACGCCUAUUUCAAUAUUGAGAUUUUUUUCCUGAAGACAUUUGAACAAUAGUUGUUAUUUUUAGGAAAACCAACCACCAGAUUUCCUCUACUUCCGAGACACGUCCCAUUGAAUGCAGUGUGUCUGAUAGGGAAAGAAGUCUAUCUGUAUCUCUUGCUUGUAUAGUACAAUUUUUUAAAUGGAGACCAUGUACGGAAUUCCUUUCACGGUGCUGGAAUGCGCCAAUAUAAAACUGAAAAAGCCGUCUUGGCUCCAUAUGCCCUCAGCAAUGACUGUUUAUGCUUUAGUUAUUGUCUCUUACUUUCUCAUCACAGGGGGAAUCAUUUACGAUGUAAUUGUGGAACCCCCAAGUGUUGGCUCUAUGACUGACGAACAUGGUCACCAGAGACCAGUAGCCUUUUUGGCAUACAGAGUGAAUGGGCAGUACAUCAUGGAAGGCCUUGCUUCCAGUUUUCUGUUCACAAUGGGAGGGCUUGGGUUUAUAGUAAUGGACCGUUCCAAUGCACCAAACAUUCCAAAGCUAAACAGAUUCCUGCUCCUGUUUAUCGGAUUCGUCAGUGUCUUGCUCAGUUUUUUCAUGGCCAGAGUAUUUAUGAGGAUGAAGCUGCCGGGAUACCUAAUGGGUUAAAGAUUUCCUUUCCUGAAAAUUAACAUGAGCAUCAUUUUUGGAAGCACUUGAAUCGUGAAAAAGAGAUUUUGGAGGCAGAAGAAACAACUGUCGGAUACCUGUAGAAACAAACCCAGUUCCCUUUAUUUCAGGGGUGUAUUAAAAAAAAAAAAAAAAAAAAAAAAAACCUUACAAAAAAAUCAGUUAUUGAUUAGACCCUAAAAAGAACAACCCAAAAUAUGUAAUUUUUAAUAUUAACUUUGCUAUUCAGACGUUAGUGCUAAACUGUAAAAUUAAUAUUAAUUGAAAAUAUGUUUUGGGAAUAGGUGAAAUAACUAGCCUGUUUACUAAAAAUGAGAGCGCUGAACACUUGUGAUGUAAAAUGUAAGUAUAUCAUCUUUUAAAAAGUUUUUUUGGGCAGUUUUUUUUAGUAAGUUUGUGAAUUAUACAUUCUU